AUGGACGCGUACGACGUCGCGUGCGCGAUGACGGCGCUCGCGCACGCGUACACGGCGCCGUAUUGCAAAGUUGAAGAAUCUUUUGCGCUGCAAGCGACGCACGAUUUCAUGUUUCUCGGCCUCGACGUCGCGUCGUACGACCACAGGGCGUUCCCGGGCGUGGUGCCGCGAACGGCGAUCGCGUCGUUGGCGCUCGCGGCGCUCGCGCGAGGGCCGUGGGCGGUCUGGAGGGCGGUACGGGGGACGGGGGAGACGAAGGCGGCGGCGCGAGGCGCGGCGCGGGGAGCGUUAGGGGUCGCGCUCGCGCGCUCGCACGCGAAAUUUAGAGGAGACGUGAAAUACGCGUUCGGGGACGUCGUCGGGGCGUUGGUGGCGAUCGUGUCGCUGUGUGAGUUUCACAUGUGGUUUUACGCGUCGCGGCCUUUGAUGAACGUCUUCGCGCUCGCGGCGACGCUUCGGGGAUGCGGGGCGUGGAUUCGGAGCACGCGGUCGCGUGAGAGGACAGACGUGCGCGAGGCUGUGAUUUAUAUCACCGUGGCGACGUUUUUACUGCGAUGCGACGUGGUUUUGUUGCUCGCACCGAUGGGAUUGCACAUGCUCGCGAGCGGGUUGAUUUCGGCGCCGCGCGCCGUCGGGCUCGGAUCGGUCGUCGCGUUGCUGACGAUCGCGACGUCCACGCUCGUGGAUUCGUGGUUUUGGGGACGACUCGUGUGGCCUGAAGGUGCGGUGUUGUAUUUUAACACCGCCUUGAACAAGAGCUCGGAGUGGGGGACGUCGCCUUGGCAUUGGUACUUUUCGUCGGCGCUGCCGAAGAGCUUGUUGUGCGCGUAUCCGCUGGCGUUGAUGUCCGUCUUCAUCGAGCGUCGCGCGCGCCCGAUCAUGUUCGCGGCGCUCUUCUACGUUGGUAUGUAUAGCUUUUUGCCACACAAGGAGUUGCGCUUCAUAUUCCCGACGCUACCGCUGUUCAACGUCGCCGCGGCGACGACUUUGUCUCGCGUCUGGAAUAAUCGGCGCAAGCGGCCGCUCGUCGCAGUCAUCGCCGCGGGUCUUUUGUUCACAAGUCUCGCGCUCGUCUGCGUGUUCACCGCGGCGUCAUCGGUCAAUUAUCCUGGUGGUGUGGCGUUUCAUCGCCUCCAUCACGACGCGAACGUCGCCCCUAGGCCUGGAAGCGUACACGUGGACGUUCCGGCGGCGAUGACGGGCGUGAGCCGCUUCGGCGAAGCCGCGAGCGCGUCGUCGGGUUGGUCGUACAGUAAGACUGAGGGUUUGAGCGUCAGUGCUUUCGCCGAUCAUGGGUUCGAUUAUUUACUCAACGCGCACGAGCACGUUCCAGGGUACGAGGUGGCAUUCGUCGCGGACGGGUACGCAGGAUUGGCCGUCGACGUGAAGAGCGCACCAUCUGUGUUGCGCGUCAAGACGAAGCCCGAGAUUUACGUCCAUCGGCGCGCUAGCUUAGAACAUUAG